AUGGGUACCGGCAAAAAAGAAGCCUCCCGCCGCACGCGGCAAGGCGUCGACAGCAAAUCCGACGGCAUGGGCAACGUGCACACCAAAGGCGAAAACUUCUACCGCUCCGCCAAACGGGUCAAAUCCCUCAACACCUUCAAAGAAGGGCGGGCCGAACGCAACGCCUCGGGCAAAAUCACCAAAGCCGCCUCCUUCCAGAGCAGAGACAAACCGCAGGCGAGAAUAGAACCGCAUCGGAAAUGGUUCACCAAUACACGAGUCAUUAGUCAAGAAGCCCUGGGGAGUUUUAGAGACGCCGUGGAGGCCCAGCAGAAGGAUCCGUAUAGUUAUCUGUUGAAGCGGAAUAAACUCCCCAUGUCGUUGAUCGACGAUGGCAAGGCAAAGGAGAGGAAGGAUGGGGUGGUGCAGCAUCGGGCUAAGAUGCGGUUGGAGACGGAGGGGUUCGGGGAAGUGUUUGGACCUAAGGCACAGAGGAAGAGGCCGAGAUUGGCGGUUAGUAGUCUGGGAGAUUUUGCCGCGGCAACGAGUCAGGAGCAGGAGAGCUAUUCGGAGAAGUUGGCCGAGGCGGCGGCUUUGCAACAGGGUGGUACUGAUGACGUUCCUGUGGGCGAGGUGGCGGAUCUGGUCUCUGGCGAACUCACGACGGCGAAGGAAGCCAUUUUCUCCAAGGGCCAGAGCAAGCGGAUCUGGAAUGAACUUUAUAAAGUCAUUGACUCGAGCGACGUGGUGAUUCAUGUCCUGGAUGCACGGGAUCCGUUGGGGACGAGGUGCCGGAGCGUGGAGAAGUAUAUUCGGGAGGAGGCGCCGCAUAAGCAUCUGUUGUUUUUGCUGAACAAGUGCGAUUUGGUUCCCACGAGCGUUGCUUCCAAAUGGGUCCACCACCUCUCCCUCUCCCACCCAACCCUCGCCUUCCACGCCUCCCUCACCAACUCCUUCGGCAAAGGCACCCUCAUCACUCUUCUCCGCCAAUUCUCCACCUUACACUCCGCCCGCAAACAAAUCUCCGUCGGCUUCAUCGGGUACCCCAAUACGGGGAAGUCGAGUAUUAUUAAUACGUUGCGAGCGAAGAAAGUGUGUAAGACGGCGCCCAUACCGGGGGAGACGAAGGUGUGGCAGUAUAUCACGCUGAUGAAGCGGAUUUAUUUGAUUGAUUGUCCCGGCAUUGUGCCGCCGGAGAUGGGCCUUGAUGAUACCGAAGUCCUCUUACGAGGCGUAGUGCGCGUGGAGAAUGUUUCCAACCCGGCACAAUAUGUUCCAGCCGUCUUGGCGGUGUGUAGAAGAAAGUACCUCGAACGUACAUAUGGAGUUACGGGAUGGUGGAGGGAUGAAGAAGGUGUCGAGGUCAAUGAGGUGGAGCAGAUGGUGGGGACCGCGGGGAGCGACAAGGUGAAAGUCAAGGAGGCUGUGCGGUUCUUGGAACUCCUUGCGAGGAAAGGUGGGAGGUUGUUGAAGGGCGGCGAGGCGGAUAUGGAUGGGGUGGCGAAGAUGGUGUUGAAUGAUUUCUUGCGGGGGAAGAUUCCUUGGUUCAUUCCGCCGCCUGCUGGUCUUUCCAUGGGGGAUGGGGUUGUUGGUGACUCGACGGCGGCUGACGGUGCGGAGGCUGCGACGGACGGUGAUCGUGAGGGGAUGGGCAGGGAUGAGAUGUUGGGGAUUACGCAUGGGAAGCGGAAGAGGGAUGUUUUGGAGCUUGUGGGGCAAGGGGCAAGGGGGUUGGGAAGGGUGAAUGAGGUUGUUAAUGGGCUUGCUGAGGGGCAGGAUGAGGAGGAGGAGGAGGAGGACAGUGAUUUGGCUGAGGAUGAUGGAGAGGGUGAUGAUUUCGCCCGUUUCGAUGAGGAGGAUGUGGAGAGUGGCGAGGAUGAAUCGGGGGAUGUGGAUGUGGAUUUGGAAGGUGGGGUCGAGGGUGGAGUGGCGAUCGAGGUUGUCAAUAGUGGUGGGGAGAGCGAUGAGGAGUCCAGCGCAUGA